AUGACACUCCCCGUGGCCCGGACCCAGGUGGCCUCGCUUGGUGAGCGUCCCCACCAGAUGCUCACAGGUACUGGCAACAAUGGACACCCGCGCGCACUGCUUGUGCGCCCCGAGCCCGCGGCGUUCAGCACCUCGGACAGAGCCCGCGGCGGCAGCCCGCGGCAUCCGAGAACACCCGGCAUCCUGUCUCCGCCCCAGGCCACCGAGGCUCCUGGCUGA